GUCGGCGCGCUCCCGCCCCCGGCUGCGUGCCCGCGGUCCAUUCCGCAUCCGUCCAUCAGUUCGUGAGUCUGACCAUCUGUCCGCCCUGAGCGCGCGGCCGCGGCAGCCAGGUGGGAUUGGAGCAGCCCCCACCAUGGGCUGGGGAGCAGGAGGGAGCUGCACCCCGCGCCCACCCAUCCGCCAGCAGCCUGUACAGGAGCCCCGAGUGAUCACCGUGGUCUUCCUCGGCCUCCUGCUGGACCUCCUGGCCUUCACUCUGCUGUUGCCCCUGCUGCCAGGACUGCUGGAGAGCCACGGCCGUGCCCACGAUCCCCUCUAUGGCUCGUGGCAGCGAGGUGUGGACUGGUUUGCCGCAGCCAUCAGGAUGCCAGCGGAGAAGAGGUACAACAGUGUCCUGUUCGGAGGUCUGAUCGGCUCGGUCUUCUCCUUCCUGCAGUUCCUCUUGGCACCAGUCACUGGGGCAGUCUCGGACUGUCUCGGGAGGCGCCCAGUGAUGCUGCUGUCCCUGGCAGGCCUGGCCACCUCGUAUGCCGUGUGGGCCGCCUCGAAGAGCUUCGCAGCCUUCCUGGCCUCCAGGGUGAUUGGGGGCAUCAGCAAGGGGAACGUCAGCCUCUCCACGGCCGUCGUUGCCGACCUGGGCUCCCCUUCCGCCCGCAGCCGAGGCCUGGCAGUCAUCGGAGUGGCCUUCUCGCUGGGCUUCACGCUGGGGCCCAUGCUGGGCGCCUUCCUGCCUGCGGACAUGGUACCCUGGCUCGCUUUGCUCUUUGCUGCCUGCGACCUGCUGUUUAUUUUCUGCUUCCUGCCGGAGACGCUGCCCCCGGAGAAGCGGGCACCCUCCAUCGGCCCGGGGUUCCGGGCGGCCGCAGACCUGCUCAGCCCCGUGGCCCUGCUCCGUUUCUCGGCCGUGGCCCGUGGCCAGGACCCAACUGCUGGAGACGGUCUCAGUCGCCUCCGCCGCCUGGGCCUGGUGUAUUUCCUCUACCUCUUCCUGUUCUCGGGCCUGGAGUUCACCCUGAGCUUCCUCGCUCACCAGCGCUUCCAGUUCAGCAGCCUGCAGCAGGGGAAGAUGUUUUUCUUCAUCGGCCUCACCAUGGCCACCGUGCAGGGCACCUACGCCCGAAGGAUCAGCCCCGGCAGGGAGAUUGCGGCGGUGAAGCGGGCCAUCUUGCUGCUGGUGCCCGCCUUCCUCCUCAUCGGCUGGGGACUCACGCUGCCCGCGCUGGGCCUGGGGCUGCUGCUCUACUCCUUCGCUGCUGCCGUCGUGGUGCCCUGCCUGUCCUCCGUGGUUGCGGACUAUGGCUUGCCCGGGCAGAAGGGCACUGUCAUGGGCACGUUGCGGAGCCUGGGCGCCCUGGCCAGGGCGGUGGGACCCAUGGUGGCUGCCUCAGUGUACUGGCUGGCAGGGGCCAGGCUCUGCUUCACCGUGUGCUCAGGCCUCUUCCUGCUCCCCUUCCUGCUGCUGCGGAACCUGAGGCCUCCAGCCCACUCAGCGCCCAAGGACAAGGCCGAGUAGCUGAGCCAGUCCGACCCCAAGCUGGGGGUGGGGGGAGGGGGGGAUGAGGCCUGGGCCAGGACCCAUCCCCUCUCCUCCUUCUGGGGCCCAGCCCUGGCCCCUGCCAGACACUCCAGAACCUUCCAGGCUUCCUGUCUGCUGUUCUCUGAGACACAGUGUCAGCCAAGCCUCCAAAUGACGAAAUAAAGCAGCUAUUUUAUACCAAGUGCCUUUCCCAGCACACAGCUGUGCCUCACUGCCCCCACCUGGGAGACCCCCUCGCACCAGAAGCACCUGCACUGAGCAGAGAAGUCCAGGGCUCGUCCUGGGCCUGUGGCCACCCUGCACAACGGGGAGGACAGGGAGCAUGAUGCAGGGCCCCCCAGGACCAGAGCCCGCGCUUGCCAGGCCCUUCCUGGGCUCUGUGCCCUGGCCACCCCUCAUCACCAUGCCGCCUGCGCGUCUGCCCGCCCCAUGGGGGCAGGUGGUGGCCCCCCGGCAGGGCGGCUCUGGGUUCCGGGGGCCUUCCCGGGACGGAGUAUAUUGUUCGAUCAAGAAAUAAACACUUGGGAUCUCUUUCUGGAACUCUA